AUGCAAGGUCGUGUUCAAGCAAUCAAGCCGUUCCCCCUUCCCUGCUUUUCCAAUUACAAUGGACAAUCCGUGAGCCCAAACCGGGCAGCAUGCGCUGGUAUCCAGAGAGACUACUUUAAUCCCUGGGCGCGAACCAACAGUCCGAACGGGUACAUGAUGUGCUCUUCGGAGCCGUACAAUCAAUGCCUGCUAGAUGACAGCCACCCAGCCAAUCCGACGGCCUACACAGAUACGGCCUGUCGCCAGGGCGGCCUGCCUUCGCAUUACAUCGAGCUCCAGAGCGUCCAGGACGUGAUCGAGGCUUUCAAAUACGCCAGCUGCUCAGGAACCAAGCUUUCUAUCAAAAGCAGUGGUCAUGACUACCUCGGUCGCAGCAGUGGGAAAGAUACGCUGGCGCUAUGGACCCGCAAUCUGCGAUCGAUGAGCUACAGCCCAGAAUUCGUCCCAUCCGGCUGCAGCGCCAAAUACAACGCCAUCAUCGUCGGUGCGGGCGUCAACUUCGACGAGGCGUAUGCCUUCGCCGAAAAAAACAACGUCACGCUUGUCGGCGGCUAUUCGUCCACGGUUGGCGUCUCUGGUGGCUGGGUUCAGGGCGGCGGUCACUCCAUCUUAUCACCCGUCUACGGUCUAGGCAUUGACCGCGUCUUGCAGUAUAAGAUCGUAACCCCUGAUGGGCAGUACCGCAUUGUCAACGAGUGCCAGAGCCCUGACCUCUUCUGGGCGCUACGUGGCGGCGGCGGCGGCACCUUUGGCGUAGUCAUGGAGAGUACGCAUCGAGUUGAGCCUCAGAUGCGGCUUGUUGCAGCCAGUAUCAAGUUUCCCAAGUCGCCGACAAACGUCCUCCCGUUUCUGGACAUCGUCGUCAACCACACGCUUCAGUGGGCUGCAGAAGGUUGGGGAGGCCACAUCACGGGUAAUACCCUAGUAAAUGUAUCUCCACUACUCUCAGUCAACGAAGCCAAGCAGUCCCUAGCUGAAGUGAUUGCCUACGCAAAGUCGCAGGGCGGCACCGCCGUCGUCGAGGAUUUUCCGUCAUGGUACCCAUUCUACGAGAAAUACGUGACUACGGGCUCGGUGGGUGUUGGAGUCACCCAUUUCGUAGGUACCCGCCUUGUCCCCAAGGCUGUCUUCGAAACUGCAGCGGGCCGAAAAGACCUGAUGGGCUUUUUUGCGCUCCUUCUGGAUCAGGGCCAAUCGCCGUACAUACCGGUCGUGGGUCCCGUUCUCUACGACUACCCUGAAGGGUCUACGAGCGCUACGCCCGCCUGGCGCUCUGCUGUCUGGGAGACGGGGGUGGGUGCUACCUGGGCCUGGAAUAGUACACUGCAGGAUCGUAGGGAGAAGAUUGCCACUAUGAAAGACAUGACGGCUAUGUUUGCGCGUAUCACACCGGGGAGUGGUGCGUAUGCAAAUGAAGCGAGCCCGUUCACUGAAGAUUGGAGGGAAGCUUGGUGGGGCGAUAACUAUGAGGAGCUGGUUAUUAUUAAGAACAAGUAUGACCCUUUUGGUCUGUUGAGCUGUUGGAAGUGUGUUGGGUGGAUGGAGAGUCAGGGUGAUAGCUCUUGUUUUUCUGAAUUUGUUUGA